UGAUUAUGUAGAUCCAACUUUCAAUUCAAUGUGGUUCAUUCUACUAGAAUAGAAUUCUUGGAUGCUCAUUCUUAUGGAAUGCUAUUGACUUCAUUUGAUUCCAUGUAGAACCAGUUUUAUUUGGUAAGAAAGGUGAGCCAAAAUACAAAGGAUUUGAAAGAGGAACAGACAUCUCUGAGAGAAUUCAAUCUUUCUUUAGGUAGCCAUUAUCUUUUAGGGUUUGGGAAUUGGUAUUCCAUGUGGUGAUCCGUGCUUUGCCUGCUGCCAUAGGGAUUUAUCUUCAUCCUCUGUUCUAUAUUUUUUGGGCUCUAUUUCCUUUGUUGACUGUUGCAUGUGUGAUUCCGUUGUGGAGAUUAUCAUGUUUUAUUUUUUGUAGGGGCACAGUGAAGUUUGAAAUAUAUGUAUACAUAUAAGCGUUUGCUUCGUAGACAAAUAAGAAUUUUUUUUUUUUUCUGAUUUUUCAAAAUAAGUUUUGAUUUUAUUUCAAAAUAAUGGGUGUUAGUUUAAAAGGGAGGAUAGAUGUGCCAAACAGAGGCACAAUUCAUGGCAAUUCAGGCAGAGCUUUAUGAGAGGGUGUGUAGACAUACAGUGAUAGAGCAGGAAAAGGCUUGCAUAUGGGAUUAUUUCAAUAAGUGGAAACAAACAAUAUCGGUUGCUUCAAACCAAACUCUCGAGGAAUCUAACUUGCAAAUGGACCAAGUUAUACGGUCAAAUAAAUAAAUCUUGGCCUUGAUUGAUGGUGGGGUCUAUGUUCUAACCCAAGUAAAAAGGAAAAACCAUUGGUUGUGAGUUGUGAGAGUGGAAGGCAGAAUAAGAGUAGAGAAGAGAAGAUGGAAAAGAGCAAGGUUCUUGUAGUGGGUGGAACAGGCUACAUUGGAAGGAGGAUGGUGAAGGCAAGCUUAGCCCAAGGCCAUCCCACCUUCGUCCUUCAAAGCCCCGAAAUCGGUCUGGACAUCGAGAAACUGCAGAUGCUGCUGUCCUUCAAGGCCAAAGGGGCCACGCUUGUGGAGGGCUCCUUUGCAGAUCAUAAGAGUCUGGUGGAAGCAGUGAAGAAAGUAAAUGUGGUGAUCUGCACCAUAUCUGGGUCUCAUUCCAGGUCUCACAACAUUUUGUUUCAGCUCAAACUUGUUGAGGCCAUCAAAGAAGCUGGAAACAUUAAGCGAUUCUUGCCUUCAGAGUUUGGAAUGGACCCAUCAAGGAUGGCAGAUGCACUUGAACCAGGAAGAGUAACAUUUGAUGAGAAGAUGAUUGUGAGGAAGGCCAUAGAAGAAGCCAACAUCCCCCACACUUACGUGUCUUCCAACUGCUUUGCAGGUUACUUUGUUCCGAGCCUAGGUCAGUUGGGUGUUCUCACCCCUCCAAAGGAAAAGGUUUGUCUAUAUGGAGAUGGCAAUGUCAAAGCGGUUUUUGUGGAUGAAUAUGAUAUUGCAACAUACACAAUCAAAACAAUAGAUGAUCCUCGUACAUUGAACAAGACAGUUUACAUUAGGCCGCCAGAAAACAUUCUCUCCCAGAGGCAAUUAGUUGAGAUAUGGGAAAAGCUCACGGGGAAGAAACUGGACAAGUUCAGCAUCUCCAAAGAAGACUUUCUAGCUUCUAUGGAAGGUAAGGACUUUGCAUUACAAGUUGGGGUAGCACAUUUCUGUCACAUUUACUACGAGGGUUGUUUGACGAACUUUGAGAUUGGAGAAGAGGGAGAAGAAGCUGCAACGCUCUAUCCGGAGGUCAAUUACAAGCGAAUGGAUGAAUACCUGAAGCUUUAUGUGUGUAAGAAGUGUACAUGUCUACCAAGCUUAUCAUAUGAUGAUGUAAUAAAAUUUAAGAUUUCUUUUCAGUCAUAAAAGUUUAUGACUAUAUUGUCACCCCUA